AUGGUCAAUCGAACACCGGUCACUUUGUUUGCAACAGCUGUGGUUGUUGCAGGCGUAAGAACGGCUUUUGCCUGGACGAGUCAACCCACAUCUUGCUGCCACCGAAACUUUCGCGCAAUUCAAUUAAAAGCUGACUUGGACAACAACAAUGACGAUACGUCGGUGGGAGACUAUGUCCAAGGGGUCCACGGAGGAAAGUAUCAAUUUGAACAAGCUGGUGGGGCCACCUUUGCUGGUCGUCAAUUUGCAGAGUCCCUCUACGCGUCCGACCCCAACGAAGGUGUAAUCUAUGACAACAACGAUGACGGCAAUGUGCCCGCUUGGGCAGAACGAAUGGGCACGUCGGCAAAACUGGGCAUACUGACUCCUCUGCAAAGAUACCCCAUCCUGUCCGUUGCCUUGGAAGAAGCUACAGCCAUUACCAUUGCCAAUGAGGAACGAUCGUGGGAACACUACUACAGCAAAGUCGUGCAAGUUGCCAGUGAUGGAACAGUCCUAGAUGAUACAGCAGUUUGGUGCCAUGAGUCAUCACAGCAACAACCAACGGAUUGUAUUGUAACAGUGUCGCCGGCUACAGGACAUUUGGCACCCCGAGGAGGAUCCUCCAAUCUUUGCGAUCCUAGCAAGCCGUAUUCCGACUCUAGCCAGAUACAAAUAACAAGAGCAAGUGACGGAGCAGUGACGAGUGGGGAUCAUUACUAUCUGCUGGUGGUGGGCACAGAAGCCGAGACGAGGCCCCAUUGGAUUCAACUAGUCUAG